AUGCGCAAGUCCUCUGUCCAUUCCAUUCGCCAAUCUCAAGCCAGCUCCUUCUCAUCCCAAGCAUCAAACGCGCAGUUCAAUGCGAAAUUAGAGGAAAAGAAACGGGAAUAUGAUGCGCUACGCGCGCUGGAACGAUUAAGUCAGGAAUAUGUGCGUCGAUUGGAAGCGAUUGACCUUGACUGUAAUGUAAUGGGAGAUGCUGGUAAAGUGCACGGCGAUGUGCUAUCACAGUGGCCAGAGAUGUUCCGAAUACUCAUCCCUCAACUACCUACAUCGACCAAGUCUGAUGAUGCUGGAUCACAAGACAUUGUGCCUCAGACCUGCGAGCGACUCGUGCGCGUACCAGUUGAAGAACUACAGCAACGAGAAAGCACUAAAUUAUAA